CCCAGACUGCGCAUGCGCAGCACCCACCAGAGGAAGCGUUUUCACCUGGACACGUGAGGAGUGCGACGUCAUCGUAAACACUCGUAGGCAAGAUGGCGGCCUCUGUCCCCGGAAAGGUGGUCUAUGACCAGGAAGGGGUCUUCAUACAUUCGUCAUGUGGGAAACUAGAAGAUCAAGACAGCUUAAUCCCAGGAACCCUGCACGUUGUAGAAAAGGAUAUGGAAGUCAUUGUAGAUUGGAGACCUCUUGAAGAAACCUUAGACUCAUCAAAUAUACUUAUUGCAGUAAAGGACUCAAGUUCAGUUGUACAGUGGAAUCACUCUCCAAAAGAACGAAAUAUCUGUGGUCCUGAACAUCAAAGCAGUUGCGAAGCAGAAUGGGAUAUGGUUAACACCGUUUCUUUUAAGAAGAGACAAUUUGCAAAUGGAGGUGUUCAAAGUCCGAUAAAUAUCCAGAGCAAAUGGUCUUUCCUCUUCAGCUUGACUGACCUCAAGUCAAUUAAACAGAACAAAGAAGGCAUGGGCUGGUCUUACUUAGUUUUCUGCUUGAAGGAUGAUGUUAUCCUUCCAGCUCUCCACUUCCAUCAAGGAGGAAGCGAACUUCUGCUUGAGUGCCUUGAAAAAUAUGUGGUGCUGUGUGAGUCAGAACAGGACAGCAGAAUUCUUCUUGUGGAUUGCCAAAACAGGAGUCUCUCCCAGUCCUUUGAGAACCUUCAUGAGGAACCUACUGACACCUUAGUACAGAAAUUCAGGAGGGACCCAUACACUGUCACCAUGGACAACUUUUCCAAAGUCACAAACUUCUUCUUACGAGGCACGGAUCCUGCGACCCAUCAGAGGCCACCUCAGGAAAUAGCUGACUUCCUUGGUGAUGCCAUCCCUGAUUUAAAAAUAAAUCAGCAAGAGGAAUCUGGGUUUGAAGUAAUAACUCGCAUUGAUGUUGGUACACGACCAGAAGUUCACAGGAGAGAUCCAGUUUCAACAGCUGAAUGGGAGAGCAAUAUGGAUUCGGAAGGAAGAAUUCGUAAUGUGGACCAUUUAAAGCACAUGAUAUUCAAAGGGGGACUCUGCCAUGCUUUGAGAAAGGAAGCUUGGAAAUACUUGCUGGGUUAUUUUUCUUGGGACAGCACUAGAGAAGAACGAGCGCAGCAACAAAAAAGAAAAGCAGAUGAAUAUUUUCGAAUGAAACUUCAGUGGAAAUCCGUUAGUGAAGAGCAAGAAAAGCGCAACUCAAGGCUAAGAGAUUACAGAAGUUUAAUAGAAAAAGAUGUGAACCGCACAGACCGAACAAACAAGUUUUAUGAAGGCCAAGAUAAUCCUGGAUUAAUUCUCCUCCAUGACAUUCUGAUGACAUAUUGUAUGUACGAUUUUGAUCUUGGAUAUGUUCAGGGGAUGAGUGACUUGCUUUCUCCGGUUUUAUACGUAAUGGAGAAUGAAGUUGAUGCAUUUUGGUGCUUUGUAUCGUACAUGGAUCAAAUGCACCAGAACUUUGAAGAACAAAUGCAGGGGAUGAAGACUCAGUUAGUCCAGUUGAGCACUUUGCUGCGGCUCUUGGACAGUGGCUUUUGUAGUUACCUCGAAUCUCAGGACUCUGGUUAUCUAUAUUUCUGUUUCCGGUGGCUUCUGAUACUAUUCAAGCGGGAGUUCAGUUUUCAUGAUAUCCUUCGAGUGUGGGAGGUAAUGUGGACAGACUUGCCGUGUCAAAAUUUCCAUCUGCUCAUUUGCUGCGCUAUUCUAGAGUCUGAGAAAAAGAAGAUAAUGGAUGGGGGCUUCGGCUUCAAUGAGAUCCUAAAGCACAUCAAUGAACUUUCCAUGAAGCUCGACGUAAAUGAUGUUCUCUGUAAAGCGGAAGCAAUCUCCUUGCAGAUGAUGAAAUGCAAGGAUUUACCUCCAGCCGUUUGUGAGGUUCUAGGAAUUAAAGACAGUACGUCGCCGCCAGCUUUUGAUCCAGCAGAAGAUUGUGUUAUCAGAAAACAUAACCAAAACUCCUCAUCUCCGAAUAGCUCAGUGCCUGCACCUCCUCAAAAUGGGACAAAAAGUAACCCAAGCCUGACCCGUCUGCCAAACAGAGUUCACACGCCAGCCUCUGCCUGGUGAAGCUGCUCUCGUCAAGAGGCUCACAGACAAAAAUACUUGAUUUAGUAUGUGGUGUUAAUUCCGCCAUGAUUAGAGAUUUGGGAAUACUCAGAUAUUUUGUCUUUGCAUUAAAGCUUUUAAGAUCUAACGUAAUUAUUUGUAAUUAUUUUUGUAGUUAACGCUGAACCAAAAUAGCCUGUCAUUAUCAUUCCACAAUCUUCUGUAAAAAUAUAGAUAUUAUUUGGGAAUUGGAUAUUUUUUGACCUGGAUGGUAUGUCAACGGCUGAGAUCAGCAGCGAAUACGCUAAAUUAAUAAAAAUCCAUUCUUUACA